AUGACUAUUCGAGCCGUCACACUAUCCACUCUGAAAGUGGCGAAGAAUGCUGUCAUUGGAAACCCAACGGCCAAGCUGGCGUUAGCUAGUGAUGAGACCUUCAUCGGGAGCCUUGUGGACUGUAUUCAUACACAUUCACCAUCAUCAGAGGACACUUGGCUCACUCAGGAUGAUAUCCGUAUCGAGGCAGCACACGUUAUCGCUUCGCUUUCGUACGGCUCGCCCGAUACGCUGAAAACAUUAUUGCGCUACAACGCCCACCAAGCAUUCAUUUAUGCAAUCUCCUACUUCCGACCGUCUGAACCACCCAAGCUCAAGGCAGCCUUUGCCCGUGCGCUUCGAGCCCUGGCGGUUUCAAUUGCUAAUGCAGUAGGGCCUGCGGAAUGGGGUCUGUGUAUCCGUAUUUCUGACAUACGAAACGAAGCCAAAGUUGCACUCGACUAUUUCUUCCAGGCAGAAGUUUUGGACAUUUAUCUCCCUCUCCUCGUGGAUCCAUCGUUACAAGUCAGGACAUCUAUAGCUCAGUUACUUGCAUCCGCUAUCCGGACACCGAAACAUCGGACUUUAGUUUCUCAGUGGCUUCCUCUGGGAGAACGUAUCAGUGAAGUCAAAGGAAAGCGGGGCUGGGAGAAACCCGAUGUGGCUAGAUCGCCGAGUAGACAAGGUGGCUGGCUUCAGAAUUCUGUGCUGUGUGCAUUAGCAUGCUUAGCGAAGGGCAACUCAUCUGUAGCCGUAGCAUUGGCGAGACCUGCAUUUGAUCGACCAGCAACUCUGUCCUACGUCCUUGCUCUUUGUAAAUCGCGCUCUGCGGAUCUUAGACUUGCAUCAUCGCUAUGUGCUGUAGAAAUUAUUCGCGCUGCUGGUUUGGGAAAUCACUCUUUAACUGCUGACGACUCACCAGCUUUGACUGUGAUGUAUGUUGUCAACCGUUUUAUUGAAUCAGAAUCUGAUUCGGCACAAACGCGGAUGAAAGCAUGUUUCAUACUUGCGCAUCUCGUGACGGACAACAAGGAGCUCUGUGAUCUGGCCUACAUACGCGGCUCGCUGAGGAAGCUAGCUGUACUGAUCAAACAGGUUACGCCCGAAGAUAAGACAUCUGAAUGGGAGGAAGACGAACCAGAAAGCGUGUCCUCCCUUCUUGCCGCCGUAUCUCUAUUCAACGACGACAUACGAUGUGACAUCACAGAUAAUUUGAAAUUAAUUCCCGCUAUUAAAGUAUCACUUGCCCACCCACAUGUUGGGGUUCGCUACGGGGCAUGUCAAUGCGUGCGUGCGAUUAGUCGGUCCGUAGCCGUGUUACGCACGAAUAUCGUCGAUAGUGGACUCGGAAUGGCGGUGUAUCAGCUCUUCACGAAAGCAGACGAAGAUCGGCGCGUCAUAUAUGCAGCAUCUUGUGUGGUGUGUAAUCUAGUUAAUGACUGUUCACCUCUGCGUACAGAUUUUAUGGACCAGGGUCUACUACCAAAGCUAGGACAACUACUCAACUCAGGAGAAUCUGGUCUUCGCCUGAAUGCUCUUUGGGCGCUGAAGAACUUGCUGUAUCAUAGCUCUGUUGAGAUCAAGCAGAAAGUUAUGGAUGUAAUCGGUUGGCAAGAAUUAGCAAGCUUGUUCAUGGAUGUGGAUCCUGGAGUCCAAGAGCAAGCGUUCCAUGUAGUGCGCCAUCUCGCAGACGGGGCAGACGAUGUUGAGAUGGUAUUCAACGAAUUGGGAAGCGACACGCUCUUGGGAUUCCUGGCAGUCGCAAUAGAGGCGGAGAAUGAGGACGUGCAGCAACAGGCGGUAUGCGUUCUGGCCAACCUUGCCAACAGCUCCUCACAUCAGGAUAACAUAUUGUCUAAUUCACGCAUCAUGGCAGCAUUGAGGCAGUGCUUAGUUGAUGCGCCUGUUAGGAUUCGUCGCCCUGCUGUAGGAUGCAUUCUAGAACUGGUCAGAGCGAACCCGCGUAGUUACAAGUCGUUGCACGAUGCUGGCAUCGAUUUGACCCUGCGGCACAUGUGCGAAUAUAGUGGAGGAGCCAUUAGUGGAAGUCCCACAACACCGUUUUCGCCGGGGUUGUAUAAAUCAAUAGAGGAUGAAGUCAGGGAUCAUGCGCGUGAAGCUUUACAUUGGCUUGAACAUAAUGUGGAAAUGGGAGUCUGA